AGUUGUUGGGGAGAGACACGUGAGGAGGCGGUGUCUAGAGACGACUAUGGCGGGAGGAAUAAAAGUGGCGGUCUCUCCAGCAGUUGGUUCCGGGCCCUGGGUCAGGGGGGCCGGGCGUGGUGGGACAAUGCAGCUUCUCCUGGUUUUCUCCGGCUGCUUGGUCUGUGGCUCAGCUGAAAUUGAUAUAGAAGUGGCCAUGCUUCAGGAAUCCCGAGUUUAUAAUAAGACUACGGGGCAACAGUUCUGUUAUGAAAAUGCUCUUGUCCCCAAGUGGCAUGACAUAUGGACGCGGAUACAGAUCCGGGUGAAUAGUUCCAAAGUGGUACGAGUCACCCAGGUGGAGAACGAAGAGAAACUGAAGGAGCUAGAGCAGUUUAGUAUCUGGAACUUUUUUUCCUCCUUUCUAAAAGAGAAAUUGAAUGACACCUAUGUUAACGUGGGUCUAUACAGCACAAAAACCUGCCUCAAAGUUGAGAUUAUAGAGCAAGACACCGAGUACAGUGUCGCUGUGACCCGCAGAUUUGACCCCAAACUCUUUCUAGUUUUCCUCCUUGGACUUAUGUUAUUUUUUUGUGGAGACAUACUGAGCAGAAGCCAAAUCUUCUACUAUUCCACUGGGAUGAGUGUGGGGAUUGUGGCCUCUCUGCUAAUCAUCAUUUUCGUCCUGUCCAAGUUUAUACCCAAGAAAAGUCCCAUUUACAUCAUCCUGGUGGGAGGCUGGUCAUUUUCGCUGUACCUCAUUCAACUAGUUUUUAAAAACUUACAAGAGAUCUGGAGGUGUUAUUGGCAGUAUCUCUUAAGCUAUGUCGUCACGGUCGGGUUCAUGAGUUUUGCAGUCUGUUACAAGUAUGGGCCCUUGGAGAAUGAGCGAAGUAUCAACCUGCUGACCUGGACCUUGCAGCUGAUUGGCCUGUGUUUCAUGUACUUGGGUAUCCAGAUCCCACACAUUGCCCUUGCCAUUGUCAUCAUUGCACUGUGUACCAAGAAUGUGGAGUAUCCUCUUCGGUGGCUGUACAUCACCUACAGAAAGAUGUAUAAGGCAACAGAAAAGAUUGCCCCCCCUCGUCUCCUGACAGAAGAAGAGUAUCGGAUACAAGGAGAAGUGGAGACCCGAAAGGCUUUGGAGGAGCUUCGAGAAUAUUGUAACAGUCCAGACUGCUCUGCUUGGAAGACUAUUUCUCGAAUCCAGUCCCCAAAGAGAUUUGCUGACUUCGUGGAGGGCUCUUUUCACCUCACACCGAAUGAGGUUUCUGUUCAUGAGCAGGAGUAUGGAUUAGGGAGCAUCAUUGCCCAGGAUGAAAUCGAUGAAGAAACGUCCUCCGAGGAAGGGGACUCAGAUUCUUGGCACCCCACUAUCACGCAGAACAGUUUUUUGAGUUAGGUAGCAGUCAGUUACUUGUACGUGGACUGGCUUGGUGCCUCGAAGGCCUGGGUCGCGUGUGUUGCUGUGCAGCUGCUUCCCAACUCUCUGAGACAGAGUGAGGCCGUGCAAAAACUCCCUCACUGAAGCUAGAGGCCUGAGUAGGCGUCCCUCUGAAAAGGAUCUUGGUGGUCUCUGUGGGACCCCUAAGGAAGGAGAGUGGAUAAAGCAUGAAUGCUUCCCAUUGGUUAAGCUAUUGGCUCACCUUCGGUAUUCCCAAAGGAACGGGAUGGGCACAGCUAGGACAGGAUUCUGUCUCCUAACUGAAAGCUGAGUCAGCCAUGGCGUUUAGGGCUGAGAACUGUCACUUGGGCUUAUGUUCCGUGGAGAAAUCCAUAAAUCUGAGCCUCCUUCACUUCUGGUUUUACUUCAGAAUAAUCCUUGUUUUAAGAGAAAAAUGGAUUUUAUUUGCUUGUCUUAUUUUUCAAUGUAUAUGUAAUUUUAAUUUCUUAAAAUGUAGGAAACUCAUGUUCUAGAACCAGCAGAUGUUCCAGAGUGACAAGCCCCAUAGGCCCCUACAUACUUAAUAUGGAUCACCCAUCAAAGCUGUUGUGUUGAGGCUUGAGUUAGUUCUCCUAUAUGCAGUAUUCUAAGUCCUGCUUGCUUUUAGGAACAUGCCUGUGGGCUCUUCUGCAGGGGAGGCCCAUUGGGCUUUUCAUUAUAGUCAACUUUCAAUUCCUUCUUAAAAACAAAUUUGCAUUCUCCCCUUCCCAUUCCUCCUAGCUCCCUUUGCCUUUUCAAGAAGGGCCUGUUUCCAUACCUGUGAAGUUAUGUACAAUUCAGAAUUUGUUUCAUUUCUCAUAUUCUCUUCCUCUUGGUUUUUAGCAUUACUCCUGCUAUUUAGACGUGAUCUUAUUUAGGGAAUUUAAGUGGUUUUUACAGGUUCUCCAUUUUUCUUGUCAGUGAGUCACAUGUCUCUGAGUGGCUAUGGAAGCAGGAAGCUAUCUCCUUUUCCUUUGCUUCCUUUGUCUGCCCAUUCUUCCUAUUCCUUUCUGUCUUUCCUGACCGUCCAUACCCUUCCCCCAAGAAAUCAGGCUAAUUUUGUAAGCUCUGAAACUGAAGUUUCUUGAUAAAACAUACAAGUUGUAGCUAUGUAGCUGCCACAGUUUGCACUGCCAGGAGGUAGACCUCCAGGCAAUCUUCAUGCCUUCGGGUGCUCAUUUAGCUAUCAGGGUUCAGACCAUUUUUCCAUGAAUUUGUUACACUUGUUUGCAAUUCCAUUUCUGAUCAGAGAUUCAUGCUACCUUUCAUUACAGUGGCAUUAAUUUCAGAUUCUUUUGCCAUUGGAAACUACCCUUGUAAACCAGCAAUGCCAUUUAUGAGGGAGCAGAUUUCCAAGUCUCUGUCAUUAGCGGGUUCUGUCUUUGUGAUCUUCUCCCUCAUAUCUUGAAAAAAGCUAUAAUUACUCUGGCUGGGAAGAUAGACACUGAUGAUAAGAGCACAGCAUUAGGCUGCUGGAUCACCAUGAUCAGAGACGAUUUUUAAAAAGUCUUAAUGACUCCUUCAGAACAGCCAUUUAGCAGAUAGUUCUGAAAGGCCCUGGGCUCCAUUACUGACUUCCGGCAUGUGGUCAGCUGAUUAUUUCCAACCGUGUUUCCCAUAGCUUUAAACUGUCCUAAAGUGACAACUACCUCAAUUGGUGGCAGACAUAUAGUGGAAAGUGAAAAAUAAGCAGUUUUUGGGCAGAUACUAGCUAUGGGUUAAAGUUACAGAGUAAGGGAGCUUUAUAUUGGGAAAUCUUUAUUCCUUUGUGAGUUAUGUACACAGUAAAAUGUUAUCUCUACAAAGAACUGUUAAGACCUCGGUAAUACACAAUUUUUGUCCUCAUUUACAGAAAUUGAUACGUAGGGUAUUUGAGCAUAAGUUGAUUUGAAAAAGUAAUGCAACUGUACAAGUAGUCUCAGAUUCCCCGGAGACUUCGGUGCCUUCCCCCAAACAGCCACUUAGGGAAGGUGGUAGCUUGCCCCCAGGGGGGUUUUUCCUGACUCGUCUUUUUAUUUCAAUGAGAAAGCGAUAUGAGUUAGGGAAAGAUUUUUCUCUUUUUAUGUUUAGUAAAUUCCUUGUGAAAUAAAGUUUCCAUCUCAAGACCAGUUUUUUCCACUGUGUUUGAGUUUGGGGUGAGUAAAAUCAAACUCAGUUCAUUACUUCUGUCUGGAAGCUGGAGACUGAGCUGUAGGUAGUGGAGAUGACAAUGGGUCCCCAAGCCUGAGAGCUGCUGUCAGACAGCGAAGGCCGGGUGCCUCUGGUGUGCUGUGCGUUCUUGCCCUGCCUGUCUGCCUGUGUGGCUCUGCCCUGGACGCGCUAGAGCCUCUGUGUGCUCAGAGACUGCCUAACCUAGUAAGCCUUUAGAAGCUGCUCUUGUCUCCCUGUUGGCCACUUAGUCUGCUGGCUCAGUCACUACUCGAAACCCCCGUUUAAUUUUCUCUGGCAGUUAUAGCUUUGGCAAGUUCAGCAGUCUCAUCUCUCAGACUGACCUCAUCGGGAACUAUUGAAGGGAUAACUAUGGAGUGAGCUGGACAUGGAGCCACGUCUGCUGCCCAGUCAGCAUCUUACUCUGCAAAUAUGAAGCUGUCAAUUGCUGCAAGGGCCUAGGGACUCAUUGGCAUCGGGAAUCUAUUGCCUCUAGUCGGCCUGACUGAGUUGUGUAGGGCAUGUCUCUCAUUAAUGGGAACAGGAGCCGACUGGCCCAAAACCUUUCUCUCUCACUUUCCCACUCAGAUGGCUUUCAUGAGACCAAUGACCAGAAAUAAGGAAAGCUAAGCAACUUUGACAUUUUCUGACAAGAAAUUUCUAUCAGCCACUUCAUCUCACCAGAACUAGUUUGUUUCUACCCCAAAUUCAUGACUUUUAUGUCUAGUAUAAAGGAGAUUUUGCUUAUAAUACUUCCAUUAUAGUUCCAGUGUUGCACUUUGUGCUAAUACAUCCCACUCCAGGGCCUAGCCCUCUCUGCAUUAACUGUGUUCCCUUCCGUCUGAUCUCUGCUGGGCAUAUACAACAGGAUUUGAGGAAUGAAAGGACCCACAUAGACCAGAUAGUCCCUCUAGGUCCUGACAAAAGGCUUGGGGCUGGAUUAUGCAAUUGCCCUCAAUCUUGCUGUUGUUCCAAAAGGGGGGGGGGUAGUGGGUUCAGAUGGAUGCAUGAGUAAAAAUGGUUUCUAGCUGUGUACUCAUAACUUUUCUCUGAAUUGAGUAGUGAAAGUUGAAGUAGGAGGAAAGGAAAUUAAAUGUCUUUCUUGUAUUCCUUUGGUAUUACAUAUGAGAUAAUAACCUAUAUUGAAAUGCCAAGAAUUUUAUCUGAACCAAGGAGAGGACAAUUUGACAGAUCUGUUAUGCCUUCCUGUUACAUAGGCCCUGGAACCAAGUAAUGAACAUAAAAACAGCCAUUGUCUGAGGCAAAUGCACCUAAAACCUUUUGCUUCUGUUUCGGUGUAGCAGAAAUUACUUUCUUAGGGGAAAACUAUGCAAUUGUGACCCAGUGGUGUCUCUCGCUGACUUAGCUUCUGGAUUAACUUACUGUUGACUUGGGUUCUAAGAGUGUUCAGUGCCUUAUGUGACAGGAGCCAGAGCCUGCUGGGAAUAAACAAUGCAAAUUCACAUGAACGUCAGUGCACAGCCUUAGUGAGGACGGGGAUGGCGCACAGCCUCCCAAAAUGUGGGGCCUCGGGUUCCCACACCCCAAUUCUCAUGUGUCCUCUUCCUCUUCACACUCUUUUCUUUAUGAUCUGGACACUUUUAUUAAAACCAAAUGGCUUAAAAAGUGAAUUUUAUAAUGGCUUUAAAGUUUAUGAAAUGCUUCUUCUCUGUCAGCCAAAGUAUUCGACAACGCAGUUCUCUCUCCCUGUUGUGUGGCGCAAGCGCUCCCUUUUUGGUGUGUGUACAAAGUUUCCCAAGUUCCUCCACACUCUUGACAAUAACUUGAAAAUGAUGAAAUCACUGUCUCUGAACUUUACUAGGGUGUGGGUGACAUCUGUAUCACGUUAACAUAGCAGGAAACUUACAAUGUAUUAGCACUCUUACAACCUGCAAUUACCAGUUUCCCAUGGCGGUGAAAUAGCAGGGGUAAGGAAUUACUAGGUCAAGUCAGCGUGUGGGUAAUGCCUUAGUGUUAUUUAAAAAUAUUUUUAAAAAGACUUUCAUUUAUAUUUAAAAUAAAUGUUCUUGAAUGUUUGAAAGGAACAAAAUGAUCAGGGAUGGCUCUUUGCCCUGGGUCCCAUUUUUACUCUUUUCUAUAAGUAAAAAUAUCAAUGUCUUAUAUAUUUUUUUAUUUUUACUGUACAAGUUUGUGAGUAAUCCCAAUUUUAAUAAAGUUUAUAGACUAUA